AUGACUGAACUAGAUCUGCCGAGUAGAGUCGGAAGCGGCCAGGACCGAGGCCGUGCGAGACGGUCACUGCCAAAGACUGUCGCAUAUUUGAAAGCUGAGCUUGGAGCUGUUCAAAUGGAGUUUCUGAACAAAGUGGCCCAAAACAGCCGGCCAAACGGCUUUGCACUGUUUUUCGGCAAAUCUGAGGAGAGUGGGAGUCGCGCCAUAGUUGGGCUCCCUCGUCUUGUAGCAGAUUGGGACCGUGCUGAGAAAUGCCACGAAUAUUUAGAUAAGUACUCCUACGACUUGGAGGAGUACCGACUGAGUGGCUACAAGACCAUGGUGGCUCAAGACUGGGAUGUUGGUUUUGUUUACUAUCAAAACUGCACGGGAUUCAAUAGAUCAGAAGCAGAUCACAUGUGGAGAUUAGCAAUAGGUGGCUCAUCUUCCAGUAUCGAUCAGAUCAUCGGCACAUCUAUGUAA